ACAUCAUUACAGUGGCAGCAGUAGGGCCAGUGGACUGAGUGGGUGGACGACAGAUGCAGAAUCCCUCGCCGCGGCCCGUGCGCCCUCCUCUCUCUCCUAUUCUCUCCCUCCACCCAGCUUGAACCCGCCAGCCAGCCAGCCAGUUGUUAGUUAUUCCCAUCCCAUCCAUCCAUCACCCGUCCUCUUCCCACUCCUCUCACCACCCGUCACCACCGACACCCGCUCUCUCUCUCUCUCUCUCUUCCUUUCCACCUCGCUCGCCCUCCCUCCCUCCUUCGCUCCACUCACCUAUUCUUUCUUCUGUUGCACCACCCGGCCGCCUCCACCCCGUCUCUCUAGCCUUGGAGAGAGAGUCGCCCCGUUUGACGACAACCCUCCCCUCCGACUCCCUCCCUCAGCUCCUGUGUCCCUUCCCCCGUCCAAUGCAGCCUUGAGACUGUGCUCGGGAGGCUUGGUACACGCUGCCAGCUAGUCGAUCCACGACAGCCUCUCCAGCUUGUAGCGACCUUUUGUUGUCUUGCUCUUCUACUUCUACUUCUUCUUCGUCUUCUUCGACCACUACGACUACUACUUGAUCUCCUUUUUCUCACACCACCCUUCCCUCCUUUGUAAUAAUCCUCCGUUUGCCUCCUCUUCUUUUCUUCUCCGACCGUCUUUUAUAAUUGGCUUCGCGCAAUUCGGCAUCCAGGCGAAGCACCAAAGCGGAUCAUCACCCUCAUCCUCUCCCUUCGCCCUCAUUCACUCCCACCAUUACCCGCACCCCAGUGUCAACCCGAACACCAUCGACCUGCCCUCCCGCCGCCUCCACGAGUACUCCGAUGGCUCAGGUACUCGCGCCCAUCGUCCAGACCACCGGUACCAUUACGAUGCUACAUUCUUCCUCUGAUGCAUUUCAGAACACACCCUCCCAACCCCAGCAGCAGAGAUCUUCGCAGAUGCCACGCGCUCAAUCGUACAAUGUUCCCUCGCCCGGAACAGGGUACAGGGGCAGCUCUGCCCCCAUAGCACCGUAUGCGUUUUCGAGCACCCCACAACUUCGUCAGGAGAACAGGUCCUCGUCCGCUCCAAACAACCAGCUGGCCCAGCCGACUGCCAACCCUUCCAAACUUGGUCAUCCGUCACAUCCAUCUUCCUCCUCCGAUUCCACCGUGUCCACCUCUGGCUCCUCGAACCGCUCCUUGGUGACACCCUCGUUCGCCCCCAAAGACGAUGCUUCGGCCAAGAAAUCCAUCGUGGACGAUGCACCACCCACCAUCAACCUGUCCACCUCGGUACCUGACUUGUCUUUUUCCAUAUCAGAGUCCCCUGUCACCUCCGAUGCCCCUGUGAAACCAUCGCCGGGCCGUUACCGCCGAGCUGCGAGUCGAUCUGAAUCCACCACUAGCGGCACAGCCUCGUCUUCCACAUCGACCCCGACACAACAAUCCCCUCCAGCGACUGCUUCCCCCGCUUCAGGCUCGGUCCGUCCCAAUCUCCCCCCGCUGAGCACCAUCGACCUACCGCUGCCUGCAAGGCCUACCCACAACCGGGCAAGCAGUGUCGACGAUAUGCCAGCACGAGGUGGGUCCAUCGACCAGGCAAAACGCUAUAGGAGGCGUAGCUUGAGCGGUCUGGAUGGCAACGCCAUGGCAAACGGUACAGCACCGACGCCAUCCGUCUCCACCUCACCUGAUAUCGCCCCAAAGCGACCGACACAAGAGUUUCGACCGACGUCGAGCUCAAGUCGCCACGGUAGUCGACCAAGCUCUAGUCAAAGCCACGAAAGGCAAGGGAGCGCGGGGAGCUCCUCAUCAAUUGGGUCCAAUAGGCCCUCUUCUCGUCAAGGAUCUUCGGCCCUGCGUUCUCCAGUAUCAACUACGCCAACGUCCAAGUCCGCGGAAGCCAGCCGUCGCAUGGCUCCCUCACCUUUGUCGCAGCCAAUGUCGCCCUCGGAACCUCCGAGCCCAGCGAAGAAAAUGGGUACAUCGAAUGCAAGCCCCGCUGUCAAGCAGCUCACAGCGCUGAAUGACAAGGAGGGAGGAAAGGGAGUGAAAUCCCGCCUUCGACGAGCAUUCUCCUUUGGUAGCGCCGCGGAGCUCCGCCGCGCAUCGGCCGAGAACAGCAUAGCUGCCGAGCGGGCGAAGCUGCGGAAAGACCGUUACCAGACCGAAGAAGAGGCAGAGCAAGCUGCCAUUGUAGCCAAGCAAGAGGCUGCGGGUAUUGGUGCUGGUAUCUACUCUGGGCAGGGUGGCUUCGCGUGUUCGAAUGACAACCUCUCCAUAUCUUCAACGGCCUCGUCGGCUUCUAUCAUGUUGAGAAAGAUGGGUAGUGGCAUGAAGAAGGGAACAAGAUCUAUCAAGGGUCUGUUCAGACCCAAGUCAGUGAUUGGGGUUCCCGCCGCAGACGGACCUGUCAAACCGAGUGUUGGUCAAGUCUCCAUGGUCACGGUGGAAGCUGAGCGACAGAAGGUGAACGUGAACGCCCACCCCCAUGAGCAGACCGGCGGAGGCACAGGCUAUCCCAGGCUCGAACGCAACUCUUUGGAUGCAGGACGCAGCACAGAUAUCAACACCACUUCAGGGGCCGCGAACGAUGCAUACCAAAGGAAAAGCAUAGUCGGUAGCGACAAGGAGCGUGCCGAAGUGCUUUCAUCUAUCAAGAAGGGCAUCUUGAAGCGCAACGGAACUGGGUCUGGAUCAUCUUCGCCAGUGAUUCGCCCGGCUGAUGCACCUCCAGCCUUCGAACCUGUGAAAGCGAGUGCCCCUAACACACCCAUUCAAGAUUCCGGCUCAGAUUAUUUCGGCAAACCGCCGCGACUUGCAAACCCAAGCACCAGGAGUCUCCCCACCACUCCGCAAGGGCUGAGGAACAUCAGCUUCAGUCCCCGUAUCCAAUUCCACGAUGCGUGGUCUGCCUCUGACUAUGAUCGACGUGGAGAAAUUGCCACGUGCAACAGGCUCACCCCGAUGCUCGCUCAACAGAUCAAGGAGGAGCUCAACUCCUUCAAAAUGGAGAUGGAGGUGCACGAACUAUCGAAGCCACACACUCAUUUUUUCUAAU